AUGGCAAACGAGCAUUUAGCGACAGUUGCAGUGGCCACAAUGGUGAUCAUGUGUUCCGUGCAAUCUGCCCAAGCAAAUCUAUUGAAGGAGAAAAUAAGUCACCUGCAAUUCUAUUUCCAUGACAGAAUUUCAGGGAAAAAUGUGACGGCCGUGAACGUGGCAUCGGCUCCAACGACUAACACUUCGGCUACUAGUUUUGGACUGGUAUAUGUGAUGGACGAUCCAUUGACGGAAGGGCCUGAGCCCACCUCCAAAUUGGUGGGCAAAGCUCAGGGUCUCUAUGCUUCCGCCAGCCAAGAAAAAGUUCACCUUCUAAUGGCGGUCACCUAUGUUUUUCAGGGCGGAAAGUUUAAUGGCAGUACGCUUGCUGUGGUGGGCAACAAUGCUGGGUUUACGGAGGUUAGAGAGAUGGCGAUUGUGGGAGGAAGUGGGAAAUUCAGGCUGGCUCGAGGGUACGUUCUCGGCCAAACUCACUCCUUCGAUAGCAAAUCUGGCAAUGGAAUUGUUCGUUACAAUGUCACGGUGCAUCAUUAUUGA